AUGGUGUCGGCCCAUAAAAAGUCGCUAUUCACAUUUCUUUCUUUAUUCCUGAUGUAAGUGACCUCAUCAGCUCUUCAUCUGUUCAAUAUUCCAUCUAAAGAUUAAAGGUUGGUAGUUUUUUGAUUUGCUUACAUCGAGUUAAAAAAAUAAAUAAAAAAACAAGCUCAAAAUUGCUCAAAAUUGUGUAUUAAAAAUCGUUUUUCUAUUUUUGAUUUAAAAAAACAGAAAAAUGAACUAUUUUUUUGAUCCUGGAUGUUCAAGUUAUCCCUAACAAUGCUUGAAAAAAACGACAGGAAAAAUUACGAAAAAGACGCGAAAUCGCAAUUUUCACGAAAAAGUUAAAAAAAUCACGAAAAAUAAGCAGUAAAAUCGCCUUUUUCUGUUCUCAUUGUGAAAAAAUAAAUUAUACAGCUUCAUAAUUCAAAAAUUACGCUUUAAAGGGAGAAAACCAAUAAAAAAAUGAUCGAAAAAUCGUAAAACGAGCCCCCAAAAACUUUAGUUUAAAGUAACAAAAAAAGAGCGUUCCGAGGACGUGGAGGGAUUUGUUAUUUUCGCUCUAUCAAAAACAUUUCUCGCACUUUGUUUCUUCGUUCCUAUUUAUUUUCUCAAAAAUUUUGUGAGAAAAAAAUUGCUGGCCGACGUGGCUUUACUGGCUCCGCCCCUCCUAUUCCAGCAAGUUCUCGAGCCUUCCUUUCCGCUCAAACCCUAUCAACUGAACUUUUUACUCGAUUAUCCUCGAUUUUUCUCAAAAUGUGAGCUUAUCUAUUAUAUGUCUUAGGGUCUUUAUGGAAUAAACUUCGAAAAAAACGAGAAUUUAAAAAUAUGCGAGCUUAUAAAUUGUCGGUCCUUGAGUUUGAAUGAUUCUCCAAAAAAAAUUUAAAAAAUGUGAAAAAAAAACAAUAGAAUAAGAAAUGAAAUGAAGACGUUAGUAGUUCACAAUAAAUUGAGCAGAAAAAAAAAAAAAUAAAUGUGAAUUAUUGAAAAAAGUUAUUGAUGACGUGUUCAUCGGACAAGCGAAAAUUGCUGCAAAACAAAAAUUGGAGCAACUUUGGCCCGCCGAUGAACACGAUUUUUCGUUUCUCCGAUGAACACGCCAUAAAGAAAAAGUAAUGCAAAAAUGAAAAAUUUGAAGAAAAAACAAUUUAAAAAAAAUUUAUAUAUGCGCCUUUUUAGUGAUUUUCAACAGUGCGUUGGCGCGCACUUUCCUCAAAUAGAGUUUUUGGUCGACUUUCUUUUUUUCAUUAUUUUUUCAAGUUUGUUUCUGUAUUAUUUAUGACCGUUGAAAAUGUAUUGGGUCAGAAAUUGAACAAAAAACGUUUGCUUUGAUAAAAGUUUCGAAAGAUUCUAUGCUUCUCCAAGCAAAUCAGAAAAUAUUUUCGAGAAAACCACUUUUUGAUAUCUUUUUAUCGUGAGACGACAAAUUGAUGAGUUGAGUGACAGCUGCGCGAAUUUAUAGCAACACGUGUCCUUUUCUCGCUGUUGUCAGACAGAAGCAUCUGUUGCAAUCGGCCUCUCUCUGUUCGUUCGAUUGUUUCUCACCCUUGCAAUUUUUUCGGAGCUUAUUGAUUUUUUAAAGUUUUUCUGAUCGAUAUCAGUUUUUUAAAUGUUUAUUAGGCUUUUGAAUACCUUGAAAAAAACUUUAACUUUUCAAAUGUUGACGAAAAGUUAUGAUAAAUUUUUUUAAUGAAGACGUUUCUAUCCGUUACUUUUUGUCCUCCUUUUUUUUUGAAAAAUAUUUUGAAAGGACCUUUUUUAUCAAUAAAAAAUGGCUCUCUGAUAGACCUUUCUUAAUAUGAAAAAAAUGUGUUUGUUCAUCAAUUUGUUCUGAAUUGAUCUCUUAUCAGGUAAUGAUAUCUGAUCACCAAGGGUCUCUGAAAUUUUCAGUCUUUUAAUCGCCAUAAUUCAAAUCGAAGAAAAACCAAACUAAAAACAAGUUCUGGUUUAAUUCCCAGAUGCGAACGAGAAUAAUGUCGUAGCAGCUUACCAGCAGGUGCUACAAAAAGAUCUAUUUUUCCUUUUUCCCAAAGAGUAUGGAAAUGUCCGCUUUUUGUUUUUUUUUCUCUUUCUAGUAAUUUUUUUUUCUCUCCUCCGUUUCAUAUCAAGGUUCUGUUCCCUAAUUUAGAUAAGUACUGAUUUUACAAAAAGCCAUUUUAUUUUUGGUUUUUUUUUUCCGCCGACAUUUAAUCAAAAAUCAAGUGAAAAUCAGAGAAAAUAAAGAAAAAUCAUGAUUUUAGUCACAUUAAAAGCCCACAAUUUCAAACUAAUAAUUUUCAAUUCGUAAUUUUUUACCUUCAAGAAAAAAAGAUACAUGGAUGUCCAUAUAAAGAACUUUCCUCCGCUUUUUUUAUGCCGUGUUUAAUAAUUUCCAAAUCGACGUUUUGUUCAUAUAAAAUGAUAACGUGACAUACAUAUAAAAUUGGAAUUUCGAGGGCCGUUAGAAAAAUUGGGUCUUACAGCGAUAUGAUGACGACUUUCGUAUAAAAUAUGUCGAAAUAACGUUAAAAUUUGGAAAGUCGUCAUCUAGUGCACGGGAAAGGUCUAAACGGCUUCAAAAAAAAGCAUCUAGAUUUUUUUUAAUCAAGUUCCUGCAAUUUCAAAGUCGGAAAAGGUGGAAAAAGGCUCCACAGAAAUUUUCCUUUUUGCUGCCUUUUUGCGCCAUUUUUGCUGUCUCUCCCUUUUUCCACCAUUUCUUGAGUCUUUAAAAUUCCAGAAAAAAUGGAAGGCUUGAUAAAAACACUCUUUUCGCUGCCUUUUUGAAGCCUUUUUGCGGCCCUUUUGGUGUCUUUUUGCUAUCUUUUUGCUGCCUUUUUGCGUCUUUUUUGCAGCCUUUUUGCAGCCUUUUUGCAACUUGUCCUCUUUAACGGUCAUUAUCCACCAUUCCUACUGUGAAAGGUGUCAAUAACUUCUCUGAAUCUUUUAUUUUUUCUCUUGAAAGGAUUUUCUAGAGAAAAUUUGAGAAAAAAAAGGCUUUUUAAAUUUUCUGAAAGCUUUUUGGUCCUUAUGAACAUUGCCCGUGUUGAAGAACGCAAUUUUUCUGAGGGAAUCAAUUUUUUUAAUAUUUUUUUAAAAUAAUAAAAAGCUUAUUAGAACACGGGGUCAGGGUCAAUAUUUUCAGAUGCCUCAAAAUGUAAAGGCAUUGGUUCUUCAUGUGGGCCCCACCUCCGUGAAUGCCGUUGACCUGAGCGAUCCGAAUUCCUACCGAAGAAAGUGUUUCUUCACACUUUUACGGCUAAAGUUUCGGUUGGAGCGAGGGGAUGUCGUAUUGUUGGAUUUGGAUUCAAAAGGAGCGAUCCGAAACUUCCAAACGAUUGAUCGCAUUCCCCUCGAUGGCAAAUGUUUCAAGGUUUUUCCUGAUUCAAAAACAUUUUAUGACUCAAAAAUGCAGAUAGAAGCAUUUCGCCCCAAAGACACUUCAAUCAUCAAUGAGCUGGACACGGACCAUUGUGAGUUGAAAAAAAGGCCAAAAAGUUCCUUGAGAGGUACUUUUGACACCCUGAUUCUGAAAAGUUGAAAAAAAUAUCCAUUAACUCGAAAAUUCACAAGAAAAGCGAAAAAGUCAGCUUUUGAACUAGGUAACUUUCAAAAAAUCGAAUUUUUCAGAAUUUUUUGUCCCCCUUAUUGCCAACCCCCCAACUUAUUUCCAAGCCCCCAUGCUCGAAGAAAAAAAGAUUGUUUUAAUUCAUCUACUGACAGGUUGACACCGAAGGAUAAGAAAGUUUUUUUACAGUUUUUUUGCCAACCCCCCGAACUUAUCUCCAAGAUCCCCCAUGCUCGAAGAAAAAGAUUGUUUUAAUUCAUCUGCUGACAGGUUGACACCGAAGGAUGUGAAAGUUUUUACAGUUUUUGCCCUCCCCCUACAACUUAUUGCCAAGCCCCCUCCAUGCUCGAAGAAAAAUUUUUUUUUAAAUUUAUCUAAUGACAGGUUGGCACCGAAGGAUGUGAAAGUUUUUUUACAGUUUUUGCCAACCCCCGAACUUAUCUCCAAGAUCCCCCCAUGCUCGAAGAAAAAAGAUUGUUUUAAUUCAUCUGCUGACAGGUUGACACCGAAGGAUGUGAAAGUUUUUUUACAGUUUUUGCCCUCCCCCAGAACUUAUCUCCAAGAUCCCCCAUGCUCGAAGAAAAAAAGAUUGUUUUAAUUCAUCUGCUGACAGGUUGACACCGAAGGAUGUGAAAGUUUUUUUACAGUUUUUGCCCUCCCCCCUACAACUUAUUGCCAAGCCCCCUCCAUGCUCGAAGAAAAAAAUUUUUUUAAAAUUUAUCUAAUGACAGGUUGACACCGAAGGAUAAGAAAGUUUUUUUACAGUUUUUUUGCCAACCCCCAACUUAUUUCCAAGCCCCCCAUGCUCGAAGAAAAAAAGAUUGUUUUAAUUCAUCUACUGACAGGUUGACACCGAAGGAUAAGAAAGUUUUUACAGUUUUUUUGCCAACCCCCCGAACUUAUCUCCAAGAUCCCCCCAUGCUCGAAGAAAAAGAUUGUUUUUAAUUCAUCUGCUGACAGGUUGACACCGAAGGAUGUGAAAGUUUUUUUACAGUUUUUGCCCUCCCCCCCUACAACUUAUUGCCAAGCCCCCUCCAUGCUCGAAGAAAAAAAUUUUUAAAUUUAUCUAAUGACAGGUUGGCACCGAAGGAUGUGAAAGUUUUUUUACAGUUUUUUUGCCAACCCCCCGAACUUAUCUCCAAGAUCCCCCCCAUGCUCGAAGAAAAAAAGAUUGUUUUAAUUCAUCUGCUGACAGGUUGACACCGAAGGAUAAGAAAGUUUUUUUACAGUUUUUUUGCCAACCCCCGAACUUAUCUCCAAGAUCCCCCCCAUGCUCGAAGAAAAAGAUUGUUUUAAUUCAUCUGCUGACAGGUUGACACCGAAGGAUGUGAAAGUUUUUUACAGUUUUUGCCCUCCCCCCCUACAACUUAUUGCCAAGCCCCCCUCCAUGCUCGAAGAAAAAAAUUUUUUUAAAUUUAUCUAAUGACAGGUUGGCACCGAAGGAUGUGAAAGUUUUUUUACAGUUUUUGCCCUCCCCCACCAACUUUCUCGUUUUUUUGCUAAGUCACCCCCUUUUCAUGUCCUACCGAGAUUCAGGUUACAAAGCCCUAUUAAAGAUAAAUUUUUCCAAUUUUUUUGUAAACUUUUUUUCUGAAAUCAGGGUGUUUUAAGUACCUCUCUUUGACGCCUUUUUGCACCUUUUUCCAUGAGGAAAAAUAAUCUUUUGCUAUUUUUCAGUUUGGAUCAAAGAUGAAUGGUGUUACUACAAACAUCAUCGGGAUCGAUUCAACGUAGUUUUCACGCCUGUCGUGAAAUACGCAACCGGGGAGACUUAUUUCAAAAUCGUCGAUGAUAAUUUCAAUCCGGCCGGGGUUAGUGUCCCCUUUGGUGGGAAUUGGCAAUUUCGGGCGGUCGCGAUUUUCGAAAAUUUGAAGAUUUUUGAAAGGAAUUUUUAAAUUUGCUCGUAUAAAGGUGCUGUCUCGUAGAUUUCGCGCCAAUUUCCGAAAUUUGAAAUUCGAAAAUUUUUGGACAUUUUUGAACCGUAAUUUUAAAUUUCGCAACAAAAUAAGCUGUAGAUUUUGUGCGGACGCGCCAGUGUCCGAAAUUCAAAAUAUGAACAUUUUUGAACCCAAAUUUCGAAUUUCGCGCGCAAAAUCUCGUUGUAGAUUUUGUCUGAAAUUCGAAAUUUGAAGAUUUUUGAAUUCGCGCUUUUAAAGGUGCUAUCUUGUAGUUUUCGCGCCAAUUUCCGAAAUUAAAAAAUUUGGAGCUAUCAUGAUUUUUUUUUGAAAUUCGCCUGCAAUGUAGAUUUUGUGCGGUCGCGAUUUUGUCUGAAAUUCGAAAUUUGAAUUUUUUUGAAAAGAAUUUUUGAAUUCGCGGGUAUAAAGGUGCUAUCUUGUAGAUUUCGCGCCAAUUUCCGAAUUUCGAAAACUUUUGGACAUUUUUGAACCCAAACUUUAAAUUUCGCGGCAACGUCCAAAAUUCAAAAUUUGAAGGGUUUUGAACUUUUUAAACCAAAAUUUGAAUUUCGCGCCAAAAAUCUCGUUGUAGAUUUUGUGCGGUAGCGCCAAAAAAUAACAGAAAAGCACUUUUUUUUUUGUAAGUUUUGAAUUUUGCGCCAAAAGUCUCGUUAUAGGACCCGAUUGCUUUUAGAUUUGAAUCAUUUCGAACGAAAACCCGUAAUUUUCAUUAUCGCUAAGGUUACUUUGAACGAAAUCGCGCAUUAGAUUCUAAAAAUCAAGCAUUUUUCCCUGACCCGAAGCUACCGUAGUCACGCGUUGCGGCCGCGUCGCUUCUUUCGGCGGGAAAUUCAAAUUUAAAAAGUACCGUGUCCUGAAAGCUUUCGAUCAGUUUAUUUGCAAUAGAAAGCAUGAAAAAUUGCUCCUUUUCCGAAAAAAAUUUUUGAAAAUUUUGAAUUUUAAUUUCCCGCCAAAAACCGCGUCGCGAACGCAACGCACGUCUACGAUAGGUGUCCAUAGCGGUUAAAAAACCCAAGAAAAAUCAAAAAAUAUAAAAUAAAUUUCCAAUGGCCAACUUUUAGAAUAUCCAAAAGCUGCUCGUGAGAAAAGUCACGAAAUCCGAAAUCACGGCGACAUCGCUCCACGAAGAGCCCUAUUGUGACGUCAAAUUCCCCUAUUACGGGAAAUUGACGCUCCUCGAGGGCGAUAUCGUCGACGCCCGGGUCACGGAUGGCCCGAAAGUCAGCGAAGUCGUCGGCAAGGUCUAUGGGUUCAACUACAACGCCAAGGGCGCAUAUUAUGAGGUGAGGGGAAAGGAAAAUGGGCUUUUCAGGGUUUCCUGAACUAGAUUUAGCUUAUUUUGCAUCAUUUAGCUUUUUUUGCAUCAUUUCUUGCCGGUCAAAUGCACUUUUCGAGAUGAUUUAGGCCGAUUUCAACUCAUUUAACCUUUUGCCGAUUAAAUGCGAUUUCAAGGAAGCUUUAGGCCAAAUUUAGCUCAUACUUCUUGCUGAGUAAAUGCGCUCCAUGGGCAAUCUAGGCGAUUUUCUAGGUAGCUCAUUAUGGCUCAACGUUUGCUGAUUUAGUGUGAUUUUUAGGAAGUUCUAUGCCAAAAUGGGCUUUUUGUGAUUAUCUAGGCCAAAUUUAGCUCUUGCAAGUGCGAUUUUCUGAAAUUUUCAGGCUAAAUUGCUCACCUUAGCUCAUUUUUUUGCCGAUCAAAAGCGCUUUUUGGAAGGUUUCAGGCCAAUUUUAUCUUAAAAUGGCCUUUUUGGGAUUUUUCAGGCCAAAACUGAAAUUGUGAGCUUCAUUUAGGCUCUGUUUUUGAUGAUGAAAUGGGAUUUUUAGAUCGUUCUAGGUCAAUUUUAGCUCAGAAAGGGCUUUUUGGGGUUUUUCAGGCAAAAAUGACUUUCUGAGCUCCAUUUAGGCUCACUUCUUGCUGGUUAAGUGCGAUUUUCUGGAAUUUUCAGGCCAAAAUUGGCACAUUUUUCUUUUUUUUGCUGUUUCAGUGUGCUUUUCAGACUUUUCUAGCUCACUUCUUACUAGUAAAAUGCGCUUUUCAAGCUUGACUAGGCAUAAUUUUGGUUUCUAAGCUUCACUUUAACAUAGUUUUCAAUCAAGUUGGCUAUCAUUAAAAAUUAAAAAAAGGAGGUUUUGAGAAUUAUACUGGUUUAAAAAUGCGUUAGAAGAUAUUUUGAAAUGAAAUUAGGGCCAGAAUCUGAUUUCUUGAGUUGAAUUUAAAGACAAGAAAAAAAUUGAAAAAAAAAUUUUUUUAGGAAAAAUGAAAGGAAAAACCUUUCCUACAAGAUUUCCUGAGUUCAUUUUUAAUAAUUUUAAUUUUUUUCAGGCUGUGGGCAAGUUCAGUGAGGAUAUGAAGACGAUUGUGACGAGUGUAGGUGAGUAAUAAAUUUGGGGUUUUUUGAAAAUCUACGACUUUUUUUGCCUUUUUGAAGGAUUUUAGGCUAGAUUUUGAGCUUCUAGAGCUAUUUUCAAGCUAUUUAGAAUACUUUCAUCUGAAUUUUCUAAAUAAAAUUGUUUUUAAGGUAAAAAAUGACCGGAUUUUUCAGAAUUUUCGCGUUUUUAGGCCUUUUUUGAAAGAUUUUUAGGGCCUUUUAAGGUAGUUAAGCCUUAUUUUUAAAAAGAAGCUCCUUAAUUAAAAAGGUUUAAGGUUAGGUUUUCAGGCCAGUUUUGUUAUUAAUAAGCUUUUCAGCCUUUAAAAAAAGGGUAUAAGGUUUUUUUAAAAAAAUCUUUUUUUGAAUUUUUUUAGCCUAGUUAAAACCCUAGUUAGGUCAUUUUUUUAUGCUGUUUUCAGGCGAAUUUUUCGCAAUUUAAUGAAUUUUAAGCUAUUUUUAAGGCCGUUUAUGAACUUGAUUUGUAUAUAUUCAAACAUUUUUCUUCUUCAUAAAACAAAAAAAUUUAAGGUUUUUCAGCUAAUGUGAAAAAUCUCCCACUGGGAGGGUCUAUACGAACCAAAGGACGAUAGUUUUCUGGUCCGUUUCGAAUCAACUAGCGACAAUAACAAUUUUGAGGCGAUUAUAUUCCGCGCGAAACCGGUAUUUUUCAGAAAAUUCCAGAUUUUUGGAAAAAAGUCCAUUUUUAGAUUGAGUUCGAAACAUGUCAGCGAGAGGCGGUGGUCGACUUGCCCACGGAAAAUCUUGUCAAAGUGAGAAAUUUUUGGAUUUUCUUAAAAAGAGUCAACAAAAAAGAAGUAAAAGUCUUUCUUUAAAUUUUAGUUCAUUCAUGGCUGGCUUGAGCCUGAUUUUAGAGCUCUUAAAGCUUUCCUUGGCACCUCCUGCGCCUUUAAAUAUUCCUUGAAAAAUCAUGUCAACCUUGCGAGCUAAUUAAAGGCGCAGGGUGCUUCUCUAGAUUCCCACCUGCGCUUUUAAAUGGUCCCAAAAAGAAGUUUUAGAGGUUAUCAAAGGUGGAGAGGUUUUCCUUAGACCCCUCCCCGCGCCUUUAAACUUUCCCUCUAAAAAAAAUACAUCUUACCACUUUUAAGAGCUUAUUAAAGGCGCAGGGAGUUUUCCCGGACACCACCCUGCGCCUUUGCCUCAAAAAAUAAAAUCAUGCCGAGAUUCUGAGAUUUUCAAAGGCGCAGAGAGUUCCACUAGGCUCCUAGCUGCGCCUUUAAACUUUCCCUCCAAAAAAAAAAAAAUUAUUCCAACCUUUUGAGGUUUUUAAAGGCGCAUGGAGCUUCUCUAGACUCCUAUCUGCGCCUUUAAAUAACCCCUAAGUAAAUUAUGCCAGUCUUUGAAUGUUAUUAAAGGCACAUAGGUUUCUCCAUAGACUCCUUCCUGCGCCUUCAAAUAUUCUUGAAAAAAAUCAUGCCAACCUUGCGAGCUUAUCAAAGGCGCAGGGAGUUUCACUAGACUUCUCUCUGCGCCUUUAAAUGGUCCUAAAAAAAUGCCAGUCAUUUGAGGUUUUCAAUGACGCGGGAUUUUUUCCUAAACACUUCCAUGCGACUUUAAAUUUUCUUCAAAAAAAGUCAUGCCAACUUUGCGAGCUUAUUAAAGGCGCAGGCAGUUUCACUAGACUUCUCUCUGCGCCUUUAAGCCUUCAAAGUUAUUUCAUAACAACCUUUUGAGGUUUUUAAAGACGCGGGAAUUUUUCCCAGGCUCCUCUCUGCGCUUUUAAAUAUUCUUCAAAAAAAGUCAUGCCAACCUUGCGAGCUUAUUAAAGGCGCAGAGAGUUUUCCUGGCCACCACCCUGCGCCUUUGCCUCAAAAAAUAAAAUCAUGCCGAGAUUCUGAGAUUUUCAAAGGAGCAGAGAGUUCCACUAGGCUCCUAGCUGCGCCUUUAAACUUUCCACUCCAAAAAAAAAAAUUAUUCCAACCUUUUUAGGUUUGUAAAGUCGCAUCGAGUUUCCCUAGACUCCUCUCUGCGCCUUUAAAUAUUCCCCAAAGACAUAAUGCCAGUCUUUGAAUGUUAUUAAAGGCACAGAGGUUCCCCCUAGACUCAUCUCUAUGCGCCUUUAAACUUCCAAAAAAAAUAUAGUACGUCAACCUUUUGAGUUUUUUAAAGGCGCAGAGAGUUUUCCGUGAAAUCUCCUGCGCCUUUAAAUUUCCCAACUAAAUCAUGCCAACCUCUUGAGGUUGUUAAAGGCGCAGAGUGUUUCACUAGCCCCUCCUUUGAACUUUAAGCUCCCGCAGCAAAAAAAAAAAUUAUACCAGUCUUAGAAGCUUCUUGAGUUUCACUAGACCCCUCCAUGCGCCUUUAAAUAAUUCCAAAACGAAUUAUGUCAUUCUUUGAAUGUUAUUAAAGGCACAGAGGUUUCCCCUAGACUCUUUACUGCGCCUUUAAAAUUUCCCGACGAAAAUAAAUCCAACCUUUGAAAACUUCCCAAAAAUCAUACCAGUCUUAGGAGGUUAUUGAAGGCGCAGGGAGAUUUCCUAGACCCCUCCCUGCGCCUUUAAUCCCUCAAAAAUGUAUCAAGAUGACCUUUUGGGGGUUUUAAGGCGCAGUGACUUCCUAUUGACUCCUCCCUGUGCCUUUAAAACAUCAAAAAAAUACUCACUCAAAUUUCAAUCAUUACAGCUGACUGCGAAGGCGCUUUUGACCCGAGUUUCUCCCGAUGUUACACAUUUUGUAACUCUACAUGAGAAACCAUACAAGGAACUCCCGUUCACGCAAUUCCAAAUCCCAAAAAAUGCUCGUGAAGGCGACGUUUUCAACGUGGAUAUUGGAGUCGAUGGCAAAAUUAUUUCGGUCAAAGAGCACCUUGGACGAAUCACGGCUUGUGCGCCGAAUCUCUUUCAGGUAUUUUUCAUUUUGAAAAAAACAUUCAGGUGUUUUUUUUUCUAUGUAUUCUUUUACUAAGCUACUCUCUAGAAACCCUGUUGUCUCUAGCUCUCGCCAAAGUCGCUCCAAGUCGGGCGCAAAGUUUGAAAAUUUAAAAAUAUUAUAUACUCUGUUCACCGCUGUUUUUCGUUCAUCAGUUAGUCAGGGGUCUUUAAAGAAACCUUUCUAACACUCUCUCUGCUUCCUGUUGUAUCUAGCUCUUGCCAAAGUCGUUUAGGGUCGGGCACAAAGUUUGAAGCUGCGAGAAAUUAAUAUACUCUUUUCCCAGCUGUUUUUUUUUUGCUUAUCGUAGUCAAGCGUCUUUGAAGAAAUAUUUCUUACCCUCUCUCUGCUUUCUGUUGUCUCUAGCUCUUGCCAAAGUCGCUUGGAGUCGGGCGCAAAAUUUGAAGUGGUGAAAAUGGUAUGUGCCCCAUUAACCGCUAUUUUUCGUUCAUCAGUUAGUCAGGCGUCUUUAAAAAAUUAUUUCUAACUUUCUCAUUGCUCCCUGUUGUCUCUCGCUCUUGCCAAAGUCGCUCGUGGUCGGGCGCAAAAUUUGAAAUAAUCAAAACUUGAAAUCAUGCUGCUAGCUUGGGACGAAAGUGACUAAAAAACGUCAAAACCUUCUUAAGCUUUUUAUUUUGCCAAGCACUUUCAGAAAAACCCCUUUUAAGACUCUCACUGCUUCCUGUUGUCUCUCGCUCUCGCUCAAGUCGCUCAAGGUCGGGCGCAAAGUUUGCAUUUCCAAAAAAAGCUAAUAAAAAAAUAUUUAUUACUCUAUUAAUUGUUAUCUUGUGAAAAGAUGACUAGAAAGACGUCUAAAUCUCUUAGUUUUGCUCAUUAUUUAGUGUCUAGAAAACGUUUCUAACUUCUUUUCCGUCUUCUGCUCUCUCUAGCUCUCACCAAAGUCGCUUAAGGUCGGGCGCAAAGUUUUAAAUACUGGAAACUUGAAAAAAGGAUAGAUAUGUCUAUUCCUCGGUACCUUAGUACAAAAAUGACUACAAAGACGUCUAAACCUACUUCUCAAGCUCAUUAUUGCGUGAAAUGCUCCUCUGGACAUCGUUCUAAGACUCUCUCUGCUGCGUUUCAUCUCUCGCUUUUUUCCAAAGUCGCUUGAGGUCGGGCGCAAAGUUUUGAUUUUUAAAAAGCUUGAAAAAUAAACUUUUUCUUCGUUCACUGACAUCUCAAGACAACUAAAAGUACGUAUAAAUCUCUUUCUUUUACUCAGAAUUCCUUUAAAAAAUUUGAAAUAUUUUCUUUUCCUGGACAAGUUUCCGAAAAUGUUAAAAAAACACUUUUCUGUUUCCGCUAAAAUUCAUAAUUUCGUGUUGAUCAUGUGUCUAGUGGUGCAUUGAAAAAAUCGCUAGUCAUUUUUGAAAAUUGUAUUUUUCUCUAAUUACCUCCUUGUUUUGAACACUGUCUAAUUUAUGGAUAAUAGAACAUUUUUGGGAAGAUUCUAGAAGCUUCACCUCAAUCUAAAAUUGGAAUAAAAAAAAAUUUUGGAGUUUGAUUUUUAUUAAAAAUGAAAAGUUCAGACCGAUGUGGCUCUACUAGACGACGGCACAUUGAAAUGCCAGCAUUGUAAGUUUCUGAUCUGAGGUGAUUUAAAAAAUUUUUUUCUAGUUUCAUUCGAUUUGGAAAAACCCGCACUCAGUAUUCAUCCGUCAGAAAAAGCCCACUCGUUUUUCUCUGAAAGAGGGAGAUUACCACGAAAUUACGUUCAUUGUCGAGCCGGUUGGUGAUUUUUUAGAUUAGAAAAAAAAAAUGAGUUUAGCUUUAAAAUGAAUUAUUUUAGUCUUUCUUGAUUUUUUUAAAAGUUUGGUUCGCUAUUAAACGCCAAAAGAAGGCAAAUAGACCUCUUAAAGAGGAGAUUAAGGGUCUGCUUAAGUGGUCGCUUCAGAGGUUGCUUUUCUUAUAAACUGGGAAAAUUUUUAGUGGCCACUAUAGGGUUUUGACGUUUUAGUGGCCACUAUAGUAGUCGAAUUAGUGGCCGCUUAAGGGGUUGAAAAUUAGUGGCCACUAUAGAGGUCUAAGUGCUACUACUAGACCACUUAGUGGCCACUUUAGGGGUCAAUAGAUCAACAUAACUGGUCCAAUCUUUGUUUUAAAACUAUCAGAGUUACUGGAAGGAAUACUGAAUGAAAAACCUCUGUAGUGGCCACUAAAUCGGAAAAUAUUGGCCUUUUCAGUGUCCUCUCCUCUAUAGGGGCCACUAUAAAUUUUCGCAGAAGGGCUGAAAAAAAUCACCUCUUGACGGGCCCCUUGAGUUUAUGAGGAAAUGUUCAAAAACCCCUUAACUGAUCACUUGAGUUUUUUUAAAAAUUCGUCCUAAAAAAGAGAAGAAGCUAACACUAAACGUCUCAUGGAGCCCCUAAAGUUACCACUUAGACUCGCAAUCCUUAAGUGAUCACUUUCUUGACAACUUCAUGUCAAAAUGGUUGAAGAAACUCUUUUUCAGUUAUAAUUAAGGCCAAGUGGUCCCUUAAGGUGUUUCAAGAGGUUUCAUGGGCUCUCUAGUGACAACUUGAGUUUUUUCUGGAUUUUUUGAAAAUGAUAGCUGUUUUCAGACCAAUCCGAACAUGUCCUCGUCGCCAGGGUCUCCAGAUUCUGCGAAGAAAAGUCGCGACGCGAUUUUAACGACUCCAGAGCAUGCGACGCAACGUCGCGAAACGAUUUCGCCGCUGGAGCCUCCAGAUUGCUCGGCUGAGAACCGCGAAACGAUUCUAUCCUCGCUGAGGAAAGAUUCUGCGACAAGCCGCCGUCAAGACUCGCCAAGAGAGUUUGCGAACACUAGGCCGCCCGAUUUCGCGACGCAACGUCGCCAAGACUCGCCUAGAGGGUUUGCGAACACUGCGCCUCCGGAACAUGCGACGCAACGUCGCCAAGACUCGCCGAGAGAGUUUGCGAACACUAGGCCGCCCGAUUUCGCGACGCAACGUCGCCAAGACUCGCCGAGAGAGUUUGCGAACACUAGGCCGCCCGAUUUCGCGACAAAACGUCGCGACGCCUUCCAAGUGUCGCCGACGCAAGAGCCAUCGCCGCCGAAAAAAUCGCAGGCUCCUCCCACCAGAUAUUCUACGCCGCCCGAAGACUCCACUAGUUGGAUGUUCAUACGUCUGGCAUUCAAUCAACUGAUAUUCAUUGAAAAAGUCUCCCAGUGCCUCUACGAGACCAGCCGCGAGGCCUACAAAGACCUCGAAAGCUUCUUCGAAGCCCCCACGAUGGAUUCCAUAAAAAAGAAGAACGCCACCGGCGCCUUUUAUUAUUUUCAUAAUGAUCAAAGAACCCGGGAAUGCAUGCGGAGAAGCUGCCCCAUCGCACACAGAAAAUUACUAGCCUUCUUUGUCAAAUCAUGCUUGGAUGAAGGGAGGUCUUGAUGUUCCUGUAAAUCUCCGUUUUUCAUGUACCUAGCCAUACUAUUCUUGUAAGUUCUUCCUGUACUUUUUUUCCCUUAGUCCGUGAUUUCUCGUGAACGUGAACUUUUCCAAAAAUCCGAAAAUUUUGCCUCAAGUUUCUCCUGAUGGGGGAUCCUUGAAAAUGACAAAAUUGGCGAGUAGCUACACGCUCACGACAAUUUGCGGACUUCCUACCGUAACCUGCGAUUUGACUAACCAAACCAAUUUUUUUAAAUACCCUCUACGACCUGACAGAUUAAAAAAAAUCCCACUAGAAGUAAUCAAACUCAUGGUUUCGAUCCUAUGCGUUUGCGUAGCAUGUAAGGUUCUUCUGUAUGUUUUUGGGUUUACAUUGCGGAUAGGGGGCGACUUUUUGCGGUGAAAAUUGGUCUAGGAACGAUUUUCCGAACUUCAAACCUGACGAUUUUGAAGCGCGAAACCGUUUUCAACCUUUGAGGUCCGUUUUUAAACCUAUCCGAAGCAAUUUGAUCGAUCCGGAACUUUGAAUGACGUCAUUUCCCGCCGAUUGUUGUGAAAAUGAGCCCUUAAGUGACCACUUUGAUCAUUUUCCAUGUUUUCUGGCCCUCUGACCUCAUUUCCAGUCUUUUCACGUUCUGAAUGACGUCAUUUUGCGCCGUUUGUCUUGAAAAUGAGCCCUUAAGUGACCACUUUGAUCAUUUUCCAUGUUUUCUGGUCCUCUGCCCUCAUUUCCAGCCUCGUUUCUUUCUGAAUGACGUCAUCCUGUUAUGAUAAUGUGCUCCGACCCUUGAGUGGCCACUUGGAUCAUUUUGUAACUUUUCUGAUCCGCUGACAACGUUUAUCGCCUUGCUUUUUCUGAAUGACGUCUUUUCUCGCCGAUGUUUGCUAAAAUAAGCCCUUGAGUGACCACUUGAGUCGACUCGCAAUUUUUCCAGGCCUAUCCCCUGUCCACCCCUUGGAUUGAUUCGGAACUUACUGGCCCUCUGA